AGUUGCCGGCGACCCGGUUGCUAGGGCCCGAGUGCGGCGCGCUCCGGCCAUGUGCGCAGCCUCCGCACUGGCGGGCGAUAGAGAGCGCUACGCGCGGGUAUUUGCAGCAUGUGAUGAAGACAGCAAAGGAUAUUUAAGCAGAGAGGACUUCAAGGUUGCUGUAGUAAUGCUGUUUGGUUACAAACCCUCAAAGGUGGAAGUAGAUUCAGUGAUGGCUUCUUUACAACAAAAAAAUUCAGGUGUGUUACUUGAAGAGUUUUUAAACCUUAUGACUACAAAGAAGUCGGCUCAGUUGUAUCAUAGUGAAAUAAGACAGAUAUUCACAGCUUUUGACAUGCAAUGUAGAGGAUUUCUGACUUUGGAAGAUUUCAAAAAGGCCUUCGAUUCAGUUGCUCCAAAAUUACCCAAAAGAAUCAUAAUUGAAGCCUUCAGGGAAGUUGAUCAAGAUUCUGAUGGUCAUGUCAGCUUCAAAGAGUUUGAAUCUGCAAUGAACUAUGGACAAGAUGAAGUAUCACCUCUGCACUUUGCCUAGUGUAUUUUCUGGUGAAAAGACAAAGCAAAAACUUCAGAUCUCAAGACAGUUAAAAGAAUUAGUGGAACUUCAUUUGUUCCAUGAGCAUUUUAAGAAAUCUGACUAUAAAUGGCAACUUCGAAGAACAGCCUUUGAAGCUCUUUUUUUGACAACUGGGAUGUAUUACUAUAAUUUACAUAUAUGCAUGUGUGUGGAAUAUUUACAUUAUUUGGAAUCUAACUUGUUCCUCAAUUUACCCUCCUUGGCAACUUGAAUUAUGUACCUUUGCUUUUUGGAUCUAUAGAUGAAAAGACAAAGGUUUUUGUUUCAAGUCACUUUGUAUUUGAUUUCUUGGCUUUUUCAACAGUAUUUCACGAAUGGACCCAAAUGUCUUAUACUCCUUUAUAAAGAUUUUGCCUAAGACUAACUAGUAAAAACUACAGCUGA